AAGAUGAUCACUAACAGGCAAACGGUUCAGAGAGAACCCACGGUCUGUGGAUAAAGGACCAACCUAUAUUAAUUGAAGUGAAUUAGAAAAGGACACAAUUUGUAGACCAUUGUUACACAAGAGACAAGAUCGACUAACUUUUUCAACCCUGCUCUGAAGAUACCGAACAAACUAUUUCGAGUUCAAAGCUGAAUAGAGCCGAUACAGAUAAGGAGUUUCAUCCCUUAACACGGACCUACAACAAGUUGACUUCCAACUUCCCUUGCUGUGGGAGUCACAAGCUGUUCUUUGACAGGCCCUCUCCACUUCUGUCGUCUGCGUGGUGCCUAGUGCUCACCAGGCAGUCCAGAGUGCGGACGCAGCGCCAUGGUAACCUACAGCAAGUUUGACUCCGUCAUGAGCAGCAGCCCGUUCGACACCAACAUGAGGCUGCCCCACCGUUACAAGACCUUCAGCUCCAAGCUGCAGUACCAGCUGGUGCUCACCAACUUGCACAAACUCCAGGAGAGUGGAUUCUACUGGGGCUCCAUCAGUGGCAAGGAGGCCAACGCCAUGCUGGCCUCCGAGGCCACCGGCAGCUUCCUCAUCAGGGACAGCUCUGACAACCGCCAUUUCUUCACCCUCAGUGUCAAGACGGCGUCGGGCACCAAGAAUUUGCGCAUCCAGUGCGAUUCGGCCACGUUUUUCCUGCAGACAGACCCUAAAAGUAUGCUGGCUGUCCCCCACUUUGACUGCAUCCUCAAGCUGGUCCAUCACUACAUGCCCCCCAGCAAAGGUGCCUCAUGUGGGGGGAACACUCGAGGAGGGAGCUCCUACUACAUCUACUCUGGAGGGGAGAAAAUCCCUCUGGAGCUGCUGAAGCCCCUUUCUACCAGCAUGUCCACCCUGCAGCACCUGUGCAGGAAAACAGUCAAUGGACACCUGGACAUCUCCACAAAAAGAGACCAACUCCCUCAUCCUCUCAAGGAGUUCCUGCAGGACUAUGACGCUCCCAUCUAGAGGCUCUGGGCACGUUGUCUGUGGUUGUCACGGACGUACGCAGCAGUUCCGUUACGGUGUACCAAGAGAACCAAGUCCCGAGGAGAUGUGGCCUUCACCUGCGUUCUGACCUCACAGCGCCAGGAAAGAGAGCUGGCCGGGAGAAGCGUGGCAGAAGCACGCUGCCUAAAGACAAGUGUCCGACUUUUCAGUCAAUUACUAAAGGCUGUGGUAUCAGUGGGCACAGGGAAAAACCAGUCCCCAGAGGACAGACAAAGAGGGAUCUGCUGCUAUUGGAUCCUGUGUGUUCAGCUAAAGUGCUCCUGGCAGGUUUGGAGUAGAUGGCACCCUGGCCUCUCUUGCCACACAUCUCCUCACUGCUGCUAACCAUUGAGCUAUGGAGUCAACAGCCACACACUAGCCUUGGCUAACUACUCAUUCAUUGCACCAAGACUGGUCAUGGCUUUGACUAGGAAAUUGACAUUAGUCAUGGAUAAGACAAACCUGGGAAGUUUUAAACAUGACGGUUGAAAGAGGCUGGCUUUCUGAAAUUCUGUGUGCUCUGGCCAGCAAUUGGUCAGUCACCAGGAACUUACACGGUUGUUCCAUGGACAUUCAUCUUCAAUGUCAUCACACCAGUAAAUAUUUGUCAGGAAUGGAUCAAAAGGAUGAAUGUUUUUUCUGAAUGUUGCAUAAGUGCAAAGAACACAAGAGGAAACUUACAAAAGACAAAGGAGACUCAAGAGACAUUAACUUCCAAACAAAGAAACUCGGAAAGAACAUUAUAACAAUUGUAUGUUUAUAAGUUUAUUGACAAUAGACAAGGUCAAACCUCCUGACCUUCUAAAAUAACUGAAAAAUAACCAACCAGAUGGGAAACUAGAUCUAUGUUUCAAUGUAAAUGGUAUGGCGAUACAACGAUUUGUCAGCUGUUUGUCUAAGCAUCCAACUGACACAGAAAAAAUGUACCCACAUAAAAGUGGUGGUAGUUAUUGCACAGCCAGGAGUCUAUUGCUAGCUAUUUAAAAAAACGAAAACAUUUUAGCCUGUCAGAAAGAGAGGACCCAAGAUACUUCUUAUUCUUAUCUCUUUCUUAAACAAGACAAUGUUUACAUGAAUGAAAAUUAAGUGGUGAAAAUAAUAAUCUUAUCUUUUAUAAAGAUACCACAGUUACCAGCCAAGUAUUUGGCUGUAGAUGCUUGAAGACAUUUGAAGAUAUAGGUAUAGCAGAAGCAUGCAGACCGAAACAACUUUGCACAUAUUUAUAUAAACAUUUCAAUAAUUUAUAAUAAAGUGCACUAUUUUUCUAUAAAG